CGGGCCCAGCGGCAGUCCGCACACCGGCGGCUCCGCUGCGCCACGCCCGGCCGCACUCCGCUCAACAACAAUGCGCACUACACACACAGCAGCACGACGACCCUGUUAGCGCGUGGCGACCGGCGAUGCUCGAGGAUCGGGCGGCACGUGAAGCCGUCGGCGAGCGGUCGUGAAAAAGUUUAAUUUAUGAAAACCAUAAAAGAAUUAAGGUUUAAACUGAUCGUUUUUAAUUUAACUGUAUAGUCGGUGCGGGUGCGUGUAUCGGAGCGGGUGCGUAGCGGUGGCGUGGCGGUGGUGCGGCGCGCACGGAGCGGGCGCGAUGGCGCGGCGCGGCGAGGGCGCGACCAGCGGCGCGGGCCGGCGCGCUGCGCGCCGCUGACAUGGGCGGGCGGGCGCGCCGCUCGCUGUUGGCGGCGCCCGCGGCCCUGCUGCCGCUGCUGCCGCUGCUGCUCUGCCUCGGCAUCUUCGCUCCGAGGGGCGCGAGCGGUGGGAUGCACGAGAAGCGGCUGCUGCACCACUUGCUGGACCACUACAACGUGCUCGAGCGGCCCGUCGUCAACGAGAGCGACCCGCUGCAGCUGUCCUUCGGCCUCACGCUCAUGCAGAUCAUUGACGUGGACGAGAAGAACCAGCUUUUAAUUACGAACAUCUGGCUAAAAUUGGAGUGGAAUGAUAUGAACUUGAGAUGGAAUACUUCGGACUUCGGCGGGGUCAAAGAUUUGCGGGUGCCACCACACAGAUUAUGGAAGCCAGACGUCCUUAUGUACAACAGUGCGGAUGAGGGCUUCGACAGCACGUACCCCACCAACGUGGUGGUGCGCAACAACGGCUCAUGCCUCUACGUGCCGCCCGGCAUCUUCAAGAGCACCUGCAAGAUCGACAUCACCUGGUUCCCCUUCGACGACCAGCGCUGCGAGAUGAAGUUCGGCAGCUGGACUUAUGAUGGCUACCAAUUGGAUCUUCAACUGCAGGAUGAAGGGGGUGGAGAUAUCAGCAGUUUCGUCACAAACGGAGAGUGGGAGCUCAUAGGCGUGCCAGGGAAGAGAAAUGAGAUCUACUACAACUGCUGCCCGGAGCCGUACAUCGACAUCACGUUUGCGGUGGUGAUCCGACGGAAGACUCUGUACUACUUCUUCAACCUGAUCGUGCCGUGUGUGCUCAUUGCUUCCAUGGCGCUGCUCGGGUUCACGCUACCGCCGGAUUCCGGCGAGAAGCUCUCAUUAGGUGUAACGAUCCUGCUGUCUCUGACGGUGUUUCUGAACAUGGUGGCGGAGACGAUGCCGGCCACGUCGGACGCGGUGCCGCUGCUGGGCACGUACUUCAACUGCAUCAUGUUCAUGGUGGCCUCGUCCGUCGUCUCCACCAUCCUCAUCCUCAACUACCACCACCGGCACGCCGACACGCACGAGAUGAGCGACUGGAUCCGCUGCGUGUUCCUGUACUGGCUGCCGUGGUUCCUGCGCAUGUCGCGGCCGGGCCCGGCGGCGGCCCCGCCCCCCGCGCGCGCGCCGCCCCCGCCGGACCUGGAGCUGCGCGAGCGCUCGUCCAAGUCGCUGCUGGCAAACGUGCUGGACAUCGACGACGACUUCCGGCACGCGCAGGCGCAGCAGCCGCCCUGCUGCCGCUACUACAGGUCCCUCGACGAUCUACACGAACACUACUCACCGAGCGGCGAGGAGAACGGCGCGGGGCUCGCGGCGCACAGCUGCUUCGGUGUCGACUACGAACUCUCUCUUAUACUUAAGGAGAUUCGAGUCAUCACAGAUCAGAUGCGCAAAGACGAUGAGGAUGCGGACAUCUCGCGCGACUGGAAGUUCGCCGCCAUGGUCGUGGACAGACUGUGCCUUAUUAUCUUUACCCUGUUCACAAUCGUCGCCACACUAGCUGUGCUGCUGUCCGCGCCACACAUCAUGGUGUCGUAGCGGCCCGCCCGCCUGCGGCUGCGCAUUCAUAACGUUCUGUGAUACCGCAAAUACUUGUUAAGUUGUGAUGAGCGAUACGGCGCGGAGCCGCCGCCGCGACGCCGAAGUUGCCGUCGCCCGCCGCGGCGCCGCGCCGCCGUCUGUAGCCGUAAGUUACAAUCGACUGCCAUCCCGAGCGGCCUCGCGCCCGCCGCGCGCCGCGCCACUGCCUCACAUCUCUCCUCUCCUCUGUUCCUCCGGACGCGGGCGCCCGGCCCGACCCGGCGCCGCGCGGGCAGCCCCCGGCGGCCACGAGGGCCGGCCGGAUCGCCGACCGACGCCCGACAGUCUUAUAACGGCCAAACUCGAACAAACAUUUUUGCACAAAAACGUCUUCCUUCGUACAGUUGAACGACCUGGUUCGCAUAUAAAAAUUAAACUUUGUUAGUACUUUCUUGAUUCUUGAAGUCUAUUGUACAGUUUAGAAUUUGGGCGGUUAAGCAGUGGCCCUUUGUUUUCUUCUUGUUCGAUUCCGUGAAUCGUGGUUAUGGUCCCUAACUUUAUUUUCAGAUGUAUUAUGUCUGUAGCUAGUAUAGAACUUUACAAACAAUGUUAAUUCAAUUGGUACAGGUUGUGAUAAGCCUCGUUGUGAACGGGUCGAUAUUGUUAUAAAUGGUAAAAUCCAAGGCUAUAGCAUAAUAAACAUUCGUUAACAAAAUGUAGUUAAACAGAACAUUAUUUUAAUAAAAUAAUAUCUGGGUCUCUCAAGUUAAACGUUCACUGAGGGCUUCUAAUGUUUUACAUCGCUCUUGUCCAAUCAUUCCUGCCCCAAGGCACUAAUGGCUGAACUGAAUUUGAUGGACCUCCGAGACAAGGGCAGCGGUAUACAGGAUGUAAGACGUUAGUUCUCCUGCAGGGACGGCGUUACAAUAAGACCUUAACUGCAUUGAACACUUAUUACUGAAUAAUUUAACAAAUACGAGUUAUAUGACAUUUAUACAAUUAAUACAAUAAGUACCUACUAAUUAUCCUUUACAACGGUUCAUUAAUGCUACUACAUAUAUAAUGUUAGCUUUUGCGCGAAAUUUAAUAAUUUAUUGAUCUUUAUUGUUAACCAAUCGUCAUUAUAAGAUUAAUUCAUUACUACGACCAUAAAACGAAUUUGUUAUUACGUGGAGGCAUCGUCAUUCAUGUGUUCUAACGAGAGAAUCUCAUCGUUUGUAAAUAGUUCAACGAUAUCAUAAUAAUGAGACGUAAGGGCGAUGUGAGUCCUCACAGAGCGUGGACUGAGGCCGAGCCGGGCAGACACCUGAGCCAAGCGAAGGACAGACUUCAUUCAUACUUGAUUUAGUUUCAUGACAUCCAUUAUCAGCCUUCAUCAUUACUGAAAACUUGUGUUGUAAAGUUGGUAACGAAACAUUGUGAGCUGUCAGCGGGGGAACGUCACGUAGAGAGUGGUGCGGGGUGCUGCGGGGGCCCGCCCUGCGCGCCCCCGCGCCGCCCCGCCCGCCCAUGUCGCCCCGCUGCCAGCCGCGGCCGCCCUCGCUCGAGGAAGUUGCAGUGACCGCGGUUCGCCACGUUUUGUGUACGCGUUCAUAAGUUUCGUUCUCGUCGACCACCGCUCGCGGCUGCGAGCCGGACGGGGCAGGUCCCCGGGUGCGGCGCCCGGGCCCCCGGCGCAGCCCCACCCCGGGACCUGCCGCCGUCCCGGGACUGAACAUCCCAUGAUUUAUUUCAUAAGAUUAAACCUCUGUAUAUGCACUUUGUUUAUUAAAUAUAAACGAAUGAAAUUA